CGCACAGCAUGAAAAGCAGUCUAUCUAUCACGACAGCAGAAUGUAAGAGCAACAACCAGCUUCUGUUCCAGGGAUUUUGCAAGAGCAUUGCAGAGACAAUUCGAUGGAAACUUAGUGGUUAGAACCAAAUUGCCAGGGGCCAAGUCAAACAUUAUUCUUUGCCAUAGCUGGAGCAUUGAUCAGGAUACUUUUUUGUUCAUUCAUUCUUGCCUGCAAAUAGUUGACAAUUCUUUCAUUUGUCCUGCUUAUAGUUGUCUGUUUCCCCUUGUAAAAGUUAGAAAUACUACAACUUAGAGCAAAAGAGACAGAGAAUCAACAAAGCUACACAGUUUCAGUCUUGUUUGAGAGCAUCUGAGACGGGGUUUUCUUUUUCUUUCUUGAAAGAUCAAAGAAGGCUAGAAACCCGAAUAGAAUUAGUAGGUACUAGCGCUGAUUUUACCACUGCAAGCCUUGACUCGUGUCAAUUGGAUUUUCGUCCGAAGUAUGUUAAGCACCUGCGUGUCACUGCAACAUGGUUUCAUUGCCCCUCCUUUGCCGCGUCUGUUCCUCUACGUGGCCUGCUUUCCUUCAUCGACCCCCUUGCUCAACUUCAUACCUUGCCUCUAUAUAAAUCACUCUUCGAGUUUGCCAAAUUUCAUAUAAGCAUCUAGCCAGUUUUGUAUGUAUUGUUACGUGAAUUCACCUUGUGUGAGCUUGUGCGAGUUUCCGAGCUGUGUAAAAGAAAAAAAGCAAAGUGGCCCCCAAAAGAGUGAAAGUCAUCAUGGCCUCGCAACAGGACAGAGAGGAACUCGACGCCAGGGCAAGGAAGGGAGAGACUGUUGUCCCCGGCGGAACUGGUGGCAAGAGCCUUGCAGCUCAAGAGCACCUUGCUGAAGGGAGGAGCCGUGGAGGUCAGACAAGGAAGGAGCAACUGGGGAGAGAAGGCUACCAGGAGCUAGGAAGCAAAGGAGGCCAGACAAGGAAGGAGCAGAUAGGAACUGAAGGGUAUCAGGAAAUGGGCCGAAAAGGGAGGAGCCGUGGAGGUCAGACGAGGAAGGAGCAACUGGGGCGAGAAGGGUACCAGGAGCUGGGAAGCAAAGGAGGCCAGACGAGGAAGGAGCAGAUUGGAAGAGAAUUGUACCAGGAAAUGGGCCGAAAAGGUGGACUCAGCACCAAGGACAAGUCACGGGGUGAGGGUGGUCCUGAUGAAGGAAUCGACAUUGGCGAGACCAAGUAGAUUACCAGGGGUCUCUGCUCCGGCUGUGUUUGCCAAUGUCUAAUCUCAUUGUUUUAUAGGACUCUAGGUUUACUAUUGUAAAGAUGGUCUCUCUUUUUUUUCUUACUUUUUGUAUGAUGGGCAGC